AUGAACGGGCAGUACGGCGUGUGGCCCGUCCAGAAAAUGAGCCUGGACAUGAUGGAGCCCCUGGCGGAACACCACGACGUGUUCGAACCGCAAACGCGCGCUCGGUCCAACACGUGGCCUCUGCCGCGGCCUGAAAACUAUGUGGACCCGCCAGAGGAGGCGGGCAACAAGUGUCCCGCACCCGCGGCGGCGGUGCCGGCAAAGAAGAACUCCAGUCGGAGGAACGCGUGGGGCAACCUGAGCUAUGCGGAUCUGAUCACGCAGGCUAUCAAGACAUCGCCGGAUCAGCGGUUGACGCUGUCGCAGAUUUACGAGUGGAUGGUGCAGAAUGUGCCUUACUUCAAAGAUAAAGGGGAUAGUAAUAGCUCUGCUGGAUGGAAGGUAAACAACGAUGAAUGCCUGCCUACGCGAUGCUACGCGUGAUUCCGAGCGAAAUCAUUCGUUGACGCACUUCAUUUAUUUAUACCUACUCUGCGACUGCAUCCUGUAUUCUACCACAUGAACUGAAAAAUCGAGUGAAAAAUAUUCUUCGAAACUACUCUCUCUCUCCGAGUCUCUC